CAAGCAAGAAGAAGAAAGAGGGGUUCUUGGUAAACCAACGCUUUCAAGGUUCGAAAACAAGAUCAAUUUCCGAAAAGUCAGAAAACUUCUGCAACCAUUACCAUUCCAUUACCGUCUGCAUUCUAAGUAAACAUAUUGCAUCAACCUCUGCAUCCUAGUAGUCGUGACGAUAAUUCGCUCAGUUUUUCAUUUGCACAAGCAAUUUACUGUUACUGCAUACACCUAAAAUUUAAAUUUCAUAGCAAAACAAAUAGAAAUACGCUGCAACGUUGCAUCUGCAAACCGAUUCUAACUUGCACAUUCUCGGCGUGUUGUAUUAUUUUCUAGCGAAAUUGAUACGCAUCAAGCGCAUUUUUCUUAAAUAGGAGAUUUGAAAACAGCGUGAAGGCAAACUGGAAUCGUGGUGGAGCACGAGUAGAAACCUGCACCUGCAAUAUCUCGUCGCACCUGCAACGACUUCCCCUGCCAUCUUCUAGCUGUACUGCGUACUACUAGACACCAGCAAAGGUUGUAGUUCACCUCCUGCUCCCUGUACUACUCACUGUCUACUUGUUCAGUGCAUCAAUAUUAAUAAUCGACUGUGCCCCAAGACGACCGCAAAAAUGGCUCUGUUCCACGGUAACACUUAUUUCCGCUGCACCACGGCCGUCGUCGUCUUAUCCUCGUUCUUUACCACCGGCGCGCCAGCGUCGCAGCAUAGUUCUACUUCAGGAGUGCACGAGCCGGAACAAGCGGAACUACUACAACCUCCAUACGAGGAGAGUCAAACGACCUCUCGUUUUGACACAACGAACGCGCCGCAUUUGAUCAACUUUUUCUACCGGAAAGAUCUCUACACAACCCCCGAAGAUAAAAAAAUCGGCCGAGAGCUCGUUGCGGCGGCGAAGGCUUUUCCGAGCAGCUCGGCUUCCACUGAGAACCUAAAACGGUACAACGCGCCGGAGGAGUUUGACAUCCGCUCUUCGGCUGAAGAUGUGGUUGAUGUGUCUGGAAGUAGUCGUCGUGAAAAAAGGACGCAGGAACAAGAUGCCCCUCUGACCCCCCUGUGGGCGGUGAAGGAAGAUUUCUCUUUGCAGUCCUUGGUGAAAAUCCUGAACGAAAAGGUUUUCCCGAGUACCCACCGUCGUGGAAGAAACAAUUUGGAAGCGAUCGAGUUCCGCUUUUCCUGGUAUCCGAGGGACGAUUUCGCCGAGGUUGCGUGCUUACCGCCGGAAACAGGCCCGGUUUGCGCGGAGUCGAGUUACGUGAUUGUGGAGAAGAUUUCGCUUCUGGAGGCGACAGUACACAGUACGACGUCUGCUCCAACUGCGGGAACGUUGGCCAAGCGUUUGCACGCGGAGUUCGUCAGUUUGGGAAAAAAUGGACCGUCGCUGAAGCAAGUCGCAUCGAAAAUUGAGGUGGUGUUUCAGGCGAUUGACAUAUCAAUCGGAGCUGCUGGUGGAACCGUUGUUGUGGGGACGCAGACAAGUGCUGGCGCUGUUGUGCCACCUGGUGCCGCUGAGGGUGCAGCUGACCAGUCUGUAUCUUCCUCUUUCCGCCCGCCCGUGGUUCCUUCCCGGCCCCGCCGCCAUAGCAGCCCGGCGACCCGUGGACAAGUUCUUGCGCAGCAGCAGGAACCUGUGCCUGUAGUUGGGGAGGAGCUGAGUGAAAAGGACCCUCUCUCUAAUGUUAUCCGUCGCUCCACCUCCUCCUCCCUGCGCAGCAACAGUCGCGGAACGCCGCGGUCGCCCGCGAUGCCUUCGAUUUCCGAAGAGGAUAGAGCCGCGGCAGUGGCGGGAACAAGAAACCAACGUUCUCAAAAUCCUACUUCUUCGCGUGGUGACCACAGCCGGGACCAGUCCUCCGACCGGGAUAGGAGUAGGAGCAGUUCCGUCUCUGUUUCCGAGGGGAUUGAGCUCUUCUCGCAGUACAAAGUUCCCUCCAUCGCCGGGUCGCAUCGGGGCAAGGGAAGCGUUUACGGCGACGAGGUCGUGCCGGAGGUGACGGUCGGGGGGCCGAGGCCGAGAAUGUGGAACAAGUAUCCGUCGAAAGAAAGUGAAACAGCGGAACAGAGUCAGGGUGGUGCACGUACUACGUCGAGCAUCGCUAGUUCUUCUGGUGCAAGAACUUCCGCUGUUCCUGCGGGAGGAGCUGCGACCAACCCUGUUCGUCCACAACAGUUGCAACAGGGCCAGGUCGCGGAACAGCAACCGACUCUAUUACCUUCCGAUGUAACAUCCAUCGCUGAAGCUUCCGGAGCAGCUGCGACGGGGGGACAAGCUCAAGCUGCUUUAGCUGCAAGUACAGCUGUUGAGCAACCAACCGCGCCGGGCGAAGGUGCACCAGGUGCAGCCUUGCUUCCAGGUCCACCGCGCCAAAGACGGUGGAGUAGACGGCUUGGCAAGAGCGUUGCUGGGUCUGAAGGGUCCGAAGCCGGGUCGUCCGCUUCUUCGUCGACUUCCAGGCAUGAUAAAGAGCGCAGCAAAGACGAGCUUGUAGUUCCCAUCGCAAAAAAGCGCGCUGCUGAUUUGGUGGAUCAUCAUGCCGCUUCGGCGGGCAGCGACAGUUCUGCGCCGGCAGUAGCCUCAGCACGUGGAGGCUCAAGCUCAACAGCCGUUCUUCCUGCGCUGUCUGUCGCAAGAACUUCUACCGGGGAUGUGGUACUUGGCCAGCAGGAGCAAGGUGCUAUCAAUGUAAAUGUGAACGAAGUAGAGGGCGCGACUGUGAACCACGGCAGCCCCGCUUCCAGUUCGUCGGCAAAGUUCACUGCGGCGCAACAGGAAGAGGCGGCGCCGUCCUCGGACGGGGAACACAGUUCGGGCGCUACAGUUCCUGCUUCGCUGUCCGUGGAUCAGGACCAGGACCGAGAACAGGCAUCCUCUACUGACCAGGAUCGAACCGCCGGCCCUGAAAGGCUCUAUAAUCUGCCAGGGGGGACGCGAACCCCAGCUACCGCGUCGAGAAACACGGAAGCCUUUAUCCUCUCCCCAGCUGGAGGUGCUCGCGCGACACCAGGAGCCUUAGGCUUAGAUGCAACGGCCCUCGCUGACACAGCCAACGCAGAGACUUUUAUGCUUUCGACCCCUGCGGGAGGUGGAGGUCCGCCGGGUCGUGCCCGCGCCGCUGGGAUUUUGGGCGUAGACGCGACGGCCCCAGCUGAUAUGACGAAUGCCGAGUUGUUUCGAUUGUCAACACCUGCUGGAGCUAGUACUGCUGGAACUUUGGGUAUGGAUGCGCUAGCCCCGGCUGACACUAUGAAUACGCAGAUGUUUAUGCUUUCGCCUACUUCUGGAGGAGGAGGAGGCACAGCGGCGGAGGAGCACCAGCCGGACAAUAAUCGACAGCUGCCUUUCCAAACUCAGAGGUUUAACAGCCGCGACGUGCACGGUGGACUGGAAGCGCCCGCCAACGUCACGGCUGAUGUGGGCCUUUUCACUUUAUCCGAGGGUGAAACAGGAACCGGGAGUGGCACAGACGGGAAUUCUUAUGCAGCAGGAGUGCGGCCAAAAGCAAAAGCUGCUGCUGGACGUGGCGUAGCCCCCGCUGCCGCAGCUCCUGCUGUUCAGGCCUCCCUUUCCGAUUGGUGGAACGAAAGACGGCCGGGUACUAGCGCGCAUGUGCCAGCAACUGAUGUGGCUGCACAGCCCCCAGUUUCUCUUUCUUCCGAGGGAGAGAAUUUUAAUUCUGGCCGAGGACACGACGGGAUCGAUGCCGCUGCGCCAGCUACAGGGACCGACUCGGACUCGACCGAGCUACGCAGCGAUAGAAGCAAUGGAACAAACUUGUUCAUGAUCCGGGGCGGGCCAAGGGUCGGUGCGAGUGCGACGAGCGGAGCACCAUUGGGAGGAAGUAAACCAGUUGUACAGGUGCGCAGAACUGCUGCCGAUCGCAGUGCAUCCUCGAGCAGAAAAAGCACUAGCAGGAGGUCUGCAUCCAGUUCCGCAACUUCGCAGACACAAGGAAGCAGUACUAGACGGCUUUCCAAGACACGGACUCGAUCGAAAUCGACUAGACGGGAAAGGACUGCUUCUGGCGAAACUGGAGCAGCUGCUGCUUCAGCAGGACGAGCUUCUCAUGCGGAUACCGCUAUUACACCUCCAUUGGCUAGGACGGGCACUGAGAGUGCCCCCAAUCUCACUGGCAACGGCCACGAGUCACGUCAAACCAACCCGCAGCGGGGGCCGCAUCACGUCGACGAUUCUGACCUGGUGAACUUGCAAGAGAUCCGUUCGAACCUACUUGACAUCCGAGGAAAGCUGAUCGCGGGUUUGCCGGGAGCGAAUGGGACUGGCCGCGGCCCGGCACCGAGUCCGAACACUGAAGGUGGUGGGUCGUCGUCAUUUUCGAGUGGAUCGAAUUCUGCUGGCCCGACUUCGAGUCCUGCUGUAGUGGAGGGAGAAGAGGGACGAGGGGUUGCGCAGCAGGUAGAGGCUUCCCGCAUCAUGUCAGCAGGACCUCCUACCGGAAGAACCACGACUCCAGAGCCAGCUGAGGUUUUCGAGAUCGUUGGCGACGAUUCGCCUGUAGGAGCAGGAAAAGCGAAGCAGUCAGCAGCGCCGUCUGCUGUCGAUGCCGGGAGUCAAACUACACAAUCAUUGGUCAUGUUCGAGCGUGUUGACGAUUAUUCCCUGAAAAUUACCCAUCCCCAUCCAAUUUGUCAUGCAAAACAUACAUAAAAUCAUGUGUUUGCCAUGCAAAAAGUGGAUGGGGAUGGGUAAUUUUCAGGGAAUAACGAUGCAGCUCCGGUUGAUAUGAAAGACAAAGAUGUUGUUCCAGCAGCGCCGGAAGAAGUUAGUGUUGCAGCACCAGCUGCGCCAGCUGCUCCUGCUGUAGAACAGCCGUUCAACCCUCCCGCGAGAAGAGCGCUACCCGCGGUUCCGACUAAGAUCAGCGAAGCUGCGUCGGCAGCAUGUUCUGCUAGUUCUCCUGCUUUCUUGCAGUCAGACACGACCGGCUCUAGUGUUGCGCGGCCACAGGAGCAGGAGCAGGAUUCUUUGGUGUGCGGUACGGAUACAACAAGGUCAAGGAGAGAUACAACUCGCCAUCGUCGCCUGACCUUGACCCGCGAACCCCAUCACGGAGAUAUCUGGGAUCAGCACCGCGCGCAGUUACGCCGCGGUGAGCGUGAUGUAGUAGCUCCUGCGCAACAAGGAAGAAGUCGCGCUGGUGCGGCUCAAGAUGAACAACAAGCACCAUCGAGCACAGUUGUGCAGCAUCAGCCUCCGAGCAAAGCGAUCGGAAGGAGCUCUUCUACCGCUGCGAUUGAAACAAGAAGUAGAAAUACCGCUCGUAGUACUGCAGUCACUACAGUCCCCCGCAGACUGCCCUCCCCUCCUGCGACGUGGCCGCCGCCGCGAGAGGGAGUUGACGCGCCGAAUCCUUCCUCUGGAAUUGGAAGUCAGAGGAGCGACAGCCCGCCAGCUCGGCUUGCUAGUACCAGAGACGGUGAAGACUUGGUACAACGCAUGACAGAUUUCAAGCGAAAAACAGUGGAAAGAGCGAGAGCGGCUUCCUCCGGUGCCAUCGAAGCGGGACGUCGAGGAGGGAAAACAAGUCGGCGUGGGGAAGCAGCGUUUGUCCUUCACCCCCCCGCGCCGACACGCCUGCCCGCGGCCCCGGUGUCCACUGGUACUGCGGAUCGCUUGAGAGGUCGAGGUAGCAAUGGGCCACGGCAAGAAGUUACUGAAAUGUUUCCGUCCUCCAGGCCAGCUCCUUCUACAACAACUGGAGCUAGCGCAAGAGGACGCUCCAGCACGGGGCGGGACCAACAUGCGACAAGAGGAGCUACUUCUUCUGCAGCAGAUCGACAGACUCAACAGCAAACAGGGCCUCCUCGGGGCCAGCUCCAGCACCAGAGGGACUACAAAACUGAACCUCGUGCAGUCAAAGAUCCAUCCUCCGACUCUGACGAAGAUCUUCACGAUGUUGGCCUUCGCAGUGUCAUUCCGCCGCGGCAGCAGCGGUUGAGCGACAUUUUCCACCUCCGCGAAGCACGCAGGCGCGGGGAAGAACACAAGAGCAAGUUCGGUGCCGGUGCUGCUGGUGGGGCGAGCUCGUCCUCGGGACCACUUGCGGGAGGUCGUACAACUGUUCCUGCUCCAGCCCGCCGUGCGUCCAGUGCCGCGGCGGUGAUGCACGACGCCAGACCAGCAGACGCUUCGUCUGUCUCGACCGUUCAGGCGGACCACGAGCAUCAAGCACCUGCUAAAACAAAUCCCUACCAGACUCUAGUCGACCGCGUUGAAGAGGAGGACACGGUUCUGCAAGGCGAUCUUUCCUCCCUCUCCCCGCCGAAGCCGCCCAGAAGGAGCCUGAUGGAACGGGCGCUGUCCCAGCCGGGAGUGAAAAUUCAGCACCCGCCGGAGCACAAAUCGUUGGUGGACCGGUACCUAGCGAUGGGACCAACUCCGAUCUCGCACCCGCCGGGAAGUUCAACGUUGGAACAGGCGAUGAAGCCGAGAAAAAGUUUGGUCGAGCGGUAUCUGGAACAGCCGGCAGAACCGAUGCAGCACGCACGACCGGAGAGAGGGAGUUUUGCUGCUGGCGGAGGUGGAGGACGAGGACCAUUUUCGUCGGGAGUGGGAGCAGCGGGUGCGGGUCCUAGUAGCAGCGGAACACCAGCACCAGCAGAGGGUUCAGCUACAGGUACUACAGAUGGUGCAAGUAGCUCCACACCUGGGGCAGCAACUCUUUCUGAUCCUGCCAAAGCAGCUACGAAGCCUCGUCGCUCCAGCUCGUCGAAAAGCAAAACCAGGAUCAUUUUGGUGGCUGAGCCGCAAGUAGCACAGGGAUAUACCCAUCCGCAGUCCGACGCGGAGCAGACUCAAGGAGCUGCUAGUGGUAGUGCUGGCCCCGCAUCACAAACUUCUCAGCAGCAGCCGGAUUUCAACGAUCCAGAGUGGAAUCCGUGGUGGGAUGACGCACUGGAGAUGAUCGACCAAAACAGCAGACGCAAGCGCUUCUACCGCUGCACCAGCGCACCGGAUCUGAAGAAGCCGGAGGUGAGGUCCGCUUCCGCCGGAGCGGGGGCAGCCGCGGGGGCUGGAACGGCUGCAACUACACCAAUUAAUACGGUUCGUGGUGCUGGUAGUUCCUCAGCUUUAGGAACAACUACUUCUUCUACGCCUGGAGCUGCGUCCUCCGGUAGUCGUGCCGGCAAUAAACAUCCCCGCGAUGUGAGCAGGCCCCGGGUGCUGUUCCAAACGCCAAUUUCCACUACUGGUGGCGCAUCCUCGUCGUCUUCAAGUGGUGCGGCGGGCACGACAACGCCUCCAAAUUCAUUUACUGGUGCGAGUAGAAGAUCUGGACGAGGAGAAGAUCAUAGAGCUGGAGAUGACAUCUUCAGCACGCCAUUGCCUGGUAUUGGUAUUGGAAGCGGCCGCGCUCCUUCUGCCGCGACGCCAUCCACGGCAACGCCGGGUGGAACAACAGCAGCUGGUGGUAGCAGUUCCAAAAGGCAGGCUGCACCGACGAGAGAUGCCAUCAAAGCGUCAUUAUUCCACGGUGCCCCAGCUGCAAAUCAACCACAACCUCCCUCCUCCAGCCGGAGAAGCUGUAGUACGCCGGGGAUGACCACGACCAGUUCCGGAUCUGCGUUGCGCGACUGGGAAAGGCAUUGUCAGAAACAAGGUGGCGCAGGAGCUUCAAGCGCAACUGGGCUUCGGCGACAGAAGAGCAGUGCUAGUCUGCAUGACAGGUCUGCUUCGUUGAAGCAGACACAAGGCCCAAACACGCCCUUCGUUACGCACAUGACUUUUAAGGGGGAAAUUCAUGGGAAAAUGAAAUUCAACGCCAUUAUGCAGCAACCAAACCCGGAGAUGGAUGGGCCAGCGGAGGUUGGGCAAUCUUCAGGCUCGGCGGCUUCUGGUGCAGCGCCUGCUGCGGCUUCCGGUCCUGCUGGUGCAAAGUCUCAGCAGUCUUCUGACGACUCUGGCUCCUCAUCUGACACUGUGGAGGACGAAGCUGCCAGAGCGGCGCGGAUCCGAAGGGAAUUGCUGGCCCAGGGAUAUACGGAGCAGAGAUUGGAUGGCAUGUUGAUUGCAGAGUGCGAAUGGACGGAUUGAUACCGCGAAAGACUUGCAGACUGAGAAUGAAUGGACGGAUUCAACAGAUCGUGAAGGAACAGGAAGUACUUACAUUUCUUGCAGCAGCAGCCUUGUUACUCUUUAGAAAUUCAUAUUUGUUGUCGACUAGGUAAGUAAGAUCACCACAAGAAAAGAGCACACAACAACGAUAACGAACUUGAAAUUUUGGAAUUGAUAUUCAGAUGGCGCACAAUUAAGUACGAAAUUGUGUCGAUAAAAAGUUUUGAUGUAGUCUACUUCAGCAUAAAUCACAUGAUAGUUGUCUUGCACGAAUCCAUCCUAACACAGCCCGAGGCUGCUUGAGUAAAUUAAUUACAAACUUCCAGCUGAAGAUCGAGCGCUUCAUCAUGGGAAUGACUACCUCGUUCUCAAAGCCUCGUGUUUUUUUCAGCUUGGACAACCGCGAUUCUUUUUUGCUUGUAUUUCUACGGGGGCCUCAUCCCGGUAGGCGAGCAAGACGGAAGGCGGUUGAAUUAAAGACUUUUAUACUUCAGACUUCCUAAAUUCGCAUUGCAACUACACCUUUUGCUGCAUCUAAUAGGACUCGUCUUGCACACUAAUUAGAUUUUUCUCAUCACGACCCGACUGAAAAUUUCUAUUUGCGGUCGCUUACAUAUAAUCGGCAUUUUUUUGGUCUUUCCGAAAACCGAUUACGCCAUCUUCGCAGCUAGACAUGUAGUAGAAGACGUACUUCUCACUAGAACAUUUACUCAUGAAUCAUACUUUCGUGGCGGUUUAACCGCUAUCGCUUUAAGAAGAGUUUUACUUUUAUCGUCACAGUUUUUUCCAUCUUCCAGCUGAUGUUGAGCAUGAGCACACCAGUCACAUAGCAAGUCAAAAUAGCUGAAACAAGUCCAAGUAAGUAAGUAGUCCAUAGUACGCUCAAAGUAGUUUUAGUUUUUCUACUUUGCAAGAGAAAUGCUUUCGCUUUCCACCUAUGAAGCAUCACUGCGAGGACCCACUGUUGCGGUUCUUUCUUUCUGCAGAAAUGCAGAAGGUUUCGUGCAAAAACAAAAUAAACACCGAGCAUCGUGUUCUACCACCAUCUCCUGUGUAGGAGAAGAUCAG